AUGGCAUCCUCAGCUCCAUCCUCCUCUAACGCCACUCAGGACCCCACCCCAACUAAUUUACGACCCACAAGGUUCUUGCAACGGAACAACAGCCUGGAGGACAAGAGCCGGAUCGUGAGCUCCCUGAAGGAAAGGCAGUCCUCCAAGAACCUGCUGGCCUGCGAGAACAGCGAGAAGGAAUCCAGGUUCAGGCGGGCCGAGACGGACUUCUCCAACCUGUACGCCAGAGACCUCCUGCCCGCCAAGAAUGGCGAGGAGCAGACCGUGCAGUUCCUGCUGGAGGUGCUGGACAUCCUCCUCAACUACGUGCGCAAGACCUUCGACCGCUCCACCAAGGUGCUGGACUUCCACCACCCGCACCAGCUGCUGGAGGGCAUGGAGGGCUUCAACCUGGAGCUGUCCGACAACCCCGAGUCGCUGGAGCAGAUCCUGGUGGACUGCAGGGACACCCUGAAGUACGGGGUGCGCACAGGUCAUCCUCGGUUUUUCAACCAGCUUUCCACUGGGCUGGAUAUUAUCGGUUUGGCUGGCGAAUGGCUGACGUCAACUGCUAAUACAAACAU